UUCUCACCGCCAUUGUUUUCCUCUACAUAUCCAUAUCUGAACCCUUCCCAUGAUUAUUAUUUUUCAUUUCCUUUCCCUUUACUAUUACUGCCGCUCUUUUUAUAUUUCGCUCCUUUGCGCCGACAAUUUUAAUCGAUGUGGGAUUAUUUUUCUUCCUAUUUCUCCUCGACCAACAAUUCUCUCGCCUCGUGAGUUUUUCCGAUCGCCACCGAGCUCUGCCCUGAGGGGUCGAAUUGCUAUUUCUAGAUGCGAGUGAUCUGAAUACAAGGGAACCAGUCCAAAGCGCACUGACUGAAAAUAGCACAUGAUCUACUUAGGCAUGAUUGCUACGUAAGACAAAGUUUGCUUAAGUAAGCUCUUACGUCUGCUUCAAGUAUUGGAAAGUGGGGUAAAAGAUGAACUUCAGAAAUUACGGAGAUGACCCCACUUGGGAUGCCAUGCAGGGGAAGACACCAACAAAUGUAACUCUGAUGAGACAACCCUCAGUGUACUCCCUCACAUUUGAUGAGUUUCAAAGCACCAUGGGUGGGAUUGGGAAGGAUUUUGGGUCCAUGAACAUGGAUGAACUCUUGAAGAACAUUUGGACAGCCGAGGAGACUCAAGCCUUGGGAUUUUCAGCUGGUGCAGGAGAAGGUUAUAACCAUAACCCAAUUAGUGGUGGCUUGCAAAGACAAGGCUCAUUGACAUUGCCAAGGACUCUUAGUCAGAAAACAGUAGAUGAGGUUUGGAGGGACUUGAUCAAAGAUAGUGGUGGGGCCAAAGAUGGGAGUGGCAAUGAUGGUGGUUCAUCCAUGCCUCAAAGGCAACCAACAUUGGGAGAAAUGACUUUGGAGGAGUUUUUGGUGAGAGCUGGGGUUGUUAGAGAGGAUGUGCCUCAACAAAUUGGUAAACCAAACAACAAUGGAUCAUGGUUUGGUGACUUUCAUAGACCAAACACUAGCACUGGCCUACUUCUUGGCUUUCAACAACCAAAUAGAAGCAAUGGGAAUUUGGGUGAGAGGGUGGCGGACGGAAAUAACAAUAACAAUAGCUUAGUCACCAAACAUCCUCCUCCCUUAUCACUAAACUCAAACCACUCUCAAAGACAAGCACAACAGCCACCACCACUUUUCCCAAAACCAACCAAUGUGGCUUUUGCUGCUCCUAUGCACUUGUUGAACAAUGGUCAACUUGCUAGCCCUGGCAGAAGGGGAGGGUUGCUUGGAGUUGUUGACCAUUCAAUGAAUGUUGGAAUGGUUAGUUUACCCAAUGCUAAUGUCACAGCUACUGGGGCUUCUCCCUCAUGUAAAUUAUCACCGAAUGUAAUUACAAGGAGUAAUGGAGAUACCUCUUCAACGUCACCAGUUCAUUAUGUAAUCAACAGGGGAAGGAAAUGCAGUGCCAUAGAGAAAGUGGUCGAGAGGAGACAGAGGAGAAUGAUAAAAAACAGAGAAUCAGCUGCCAGGUCACGGGCUCGUAAGCAGGCCUACACUUUCGAACUAGAAGCCGAAGUUGCAAAACUUAAGGAAUUAAACAGAGAAUUACAAAGAAAACAGGCAGAAAUUAUGGAAAUGCAGAAAGAUAAGCCGGAAUUGGACCCUGCAUGCAGAUCACGUGUAACUAAAAUACAAUGCUUGAGAAGGACACUUACUGGACCGUGGUAGACUAUGUGAAUGUGAGUCUUUGUUUGUAAGUGAUAGCUAUUCGAAUGAAGCCAUUGUUAUGUCAUAAGGACUGGAGUAUAAGUAUGUAUGUGAACCGUGAGGUAAUUGCAGUCCAUAUUGUUAGAUGUAUAGGAACUAGGACUCUAGGAGUGUUCAGUUGUACAUUAAACUUGUAUCUUUGAAUAAUAGACUAUUAUAAGCUUAAAAUACCUUUUUUUCAA